AUAGCCUAAAGUAGCGUGAUUUAAAUAUCAGUUUAUUUUUUUACCGGUUUUUCUUUAAAACAUUAUUUUAAAAUGCUUUAUUAAUAACCUAGAGUGAAUUGCGGUGUUUUCUCCCAAAUGGCGACGGACGGGUCCUAGUAGACAACGAGUAUGGUUCUUUUUUUCCUUUAGUUGUGGUGUGGACACUUCUAGCAAGAAGUGUGUUUGAAUCUUGGCUGCCAUGGAGGGUCUGGAGGAGAAGCUCAAAGGUUUGUCCCUCGCCCGGCGGUCUCUCCCGGAGGAGCCCACCUACCUGCUGGAUUUGGCCCUGCAGCCGGCCGGCCUGCUGGCUGUUUCCUGCUCCAACUUUACCAUCCACCUCCACAACAAGGACACUCUGAGCCUGGUGGGUCAGUAUCAAGGCCACAGCGGCCCGCUUUGUGGGGUCGUUUUCUCCCACACCUCCCCAGACUCCCUGUACUCUGGUUCUGCUGAUGGGACGGUCCGGGGGUGGGACGUCCGCAGCCCCGGGUCAGAAGCGGUUCAGGUGUUUAAAAGCGGCCCGUCACACAACUACUGUAGCUUCGACUUGAACUGCAGCGACACGCUCCUGUGUGCCGGCACCGAGCAGGUGAACAAAGAAGACAGCUUCCUGGUUUUUUGGGACGUCAGGAAACCAGGCGGCAAGCUCCUCGGGGUGUAUUCUGAGUCGCACAGUGAUGACAUCACACAGGUGUGCUUCCACCCUCGAGAGAAGGACUGGCUGGCGUCAGGUUCCACAGACGGCCUAGUGAAUGUGUUCGACCUUAGCCGGGGGGGUGAGGACGAGGCGCUGCUGGCCACCUGUAACAGCGACUCGUCCGCGGGCUCGGUGUGUUGGUCCGGAGCCGAGUUCACCCAGCUGCUGUGCCUCAGCCACGACGAGGGACUUCACCUGUGGGAUCUGGGGCAGCUAGACACCGACGAGCCCCUCACCAUCUUCAGCACCUCCGACGCCCGCGGCCUGCCUCUGCUCGCAGACGGGGGGGGCGUGGAUUACCUGGUGGGGUGCCGGUGGCUGCAGGAGGCCCAGAGGCUGCUGGUGGUUGGAGGGAAGAACAGCGGGGAUCUCCACCUGAUGGAGUGUGACCAUGCAGGGCUUCGUCUGCUGAGGACCCUCGAGGGGGGUCACUCUUCUACGGUGCGCUGCUUUCUGUGGGACGCGGCGGGGGAGGCUUUGUUCACCGGGGGGGAGGAUGCUCAGUUGCUGCUUUGGAAACCAGGAGGGAAGGAGCUCACGUCGGGGAAAAGUAAAUCCAAGAAGAGCGAAUCAGCUUUGAGACUCAAAUCAAGGCCGCAUAAAAAACAUGGCUACCAGAGAGAAAAGAAGGGAGCGUAGCGAAAAUACUGAAUCUCACUGACUUUACUCCUCUGCCAGAUUACAGACUGAAUGUCAAUGCAAAGGGAAAAUAUGGUCUCCCAAUUUAUGAAUUAACCCAAGAGAUUUUUUCGCAAUUGCAUACUGACAUGACUGCAUACUACAUACUCAAUUUGUAUGUACUUCAUUCUGGGCUCUAUAUUUAUCUUUAAGUGCCAUUAGAUCAAGACUGUUCAAACUGAAGUAAAGUCAGGCAAUAUGCUUUCUCUGCACAACAUGACUGUAUAAAACAUUUCAGAUCAAAACUACCAUUGAAUUAACAUUGUUAAACAUCAAUGUGAAUCAACAUUACCUCUCCCACUCUAUUCAAUAUUUUCUAGUGUUAUAUCAAGGAAAAUUGAAAUAUUUACAGAUUCUUAAAUAUGUUUAUACAGUACAUCAUAUAUAAUGAUAUGAUCUUAUUUGUACUGAAAUGUCACUUGCCAUAAUUAUUUUAUCUAAACGUUAGGUAUUCAAACUUCUUCUCUAAAGUUUGCAAUCGAACAGUCUUUAGAGCCGCAGUGCAUUUAGGGAAUUUGAGUAUGUCCAGUAAGCUCAGGUCUUAUACUCAUAAAUUCUUGCAAUCUACUUCACGGAUAGGCUUUUAUUACAUGCACAAAAUCCACUUACUUUGCAGUCUGAAAACACUCCACAUCAUUUUGACAUCACACCAUCUUAGUAUGAAUAGUAUGUUAGUAUGCAGUUUUGUGAUGUCCAAAGUCAAUAGCACAUACCAAUCCUAAACAGGUUUGGAGUAUAAAGUAUGUUCACGCUGGAAAAACCAAACUAAGACUAAAAGAUUUAAUUAAAACGAAUAUUUUCCUUCCAUGGAGCAUACAAAGGUAACAGAAUAACAACUCAGAGCCAAACCACAAAGCUCUUGGAAAAUGAAAAAAACAAAAUUAAAAACAACUUUAUAUUG